CUUUGAGAAGUGCAAAUACAUGGUAUUGGAAUGCAGUAAAGAAGUUUGUGGUACUCGAAAACGAGAUUUAUUUGAACCCAACGUUCAGAAUGGACAAGAUGCUUUAGAUGGUGAAUAUCCAUGGGUUGUGGUGUUACUCAGAGGAUCCAGUUUUGUUUGCACUGCCUCAUUGAUCAACAAAAGAUAUGUGCUUACUGCAGCUCACUGUGUAGAUGAAUCCAGUUAUUCCAAAUAUUCAAUAAGAGUUGGAUCUAUAAAAAGAGAUGAAGGAAAACUUUAUAAGGUGGAUCACGUCAUUAUACAUGACAAGUAUAAGGGUUUUAUAGAAGGUUAUGAUUUGGCACUUCUUUAUAUGGAAAGUGAAAUUACAUUCACAGAUAAUGUGCAACCAAUUUGUCUUCCAGAAAACCCUGCCUCCCUAGAUAAAGACUACUAUGCUACUGGAUGGGGUCGAAAUGAAAAGGAUGAAAGCGUAUUUACUUUACAAGAAGUCAAAAAUGAAAUUGUAGAGUAUCAUAACUGCAAAAAGUAUUUCCCAAGCAUCACAGAGGCUGUAAUAUGUGGCAAUAAUAAAGACUUUUAUUCACCAAUCUGUUUUGGUGACAGUGGAGGCCCAUUUCAAACACGCAAUGACUAUGGUCAAUGGGAGGUGCAAGGUGUUUCCAGCUUUGUUGCGUGGGACUGUAGAAGCACUGUGUCACAUCCAGCAGGAUAUUCUUCUGUUUAUCACGGAUUAGAAUGGAUUAAGAAAUAUGUAUAUGUAUAAAUUCCAUACAAAAUAUCUCUUACAAUGUUCAAAAUUAUUUUGUACUUAAACUAAAUCGAUUUCUACUUAAACUAAACUGAUUUCAUUAACUGCUUAAUCCUACAAUAAUUAUCAAAUAUUACCCGAUGACUUAAAUUUGUAUCUUAUUCACUGCUUGCUUCCUUUUAAUUCUAUAAGUUUUGUUUAUCCACAUCUAUUCUAAGUUUAAAUAUACAAGUGUAUUUUUGUAAUUUCGUUAUAUUAAUUGCAGAUUUAUUAAGUCUUAAAUUGAAAAAUUGAUUUGCAUAUAAAUACUUUCAAACAAAUGCAAUUAAUUAGCUGAAAAAAAAUUAUAAUGAACAUUAACUUUAAAAUAAACUUUAAAUUUAGAAAUCCUGCUGACAUGAGAACACACAUGUACACAUAUGUACACACCUACAAACACGCACGCACGCACACACACACACACACGCACACACGCACACACACACACAUACGUACAUACACAUGCACACACACGCACGCCCACAUACACACGUGCGCACUCAUGCGUCUCUCUAGAAACUGCAAUCAUCUGUAAAUUGUGAGAGUAUGUAAUUUUGGCUAUAACAGAGUCCAUGAGACAAAACCAGUUAUGUUUGACACUGUGGAAGCGCUAUGGCCCAGUGGUUCGUGCAGCGGACUCGCGGUCAUAGGAUCGCGGUUUCGAUUCCCAGACCAAGUGUCGUGAGUGUCUAUUGAGCGAAAACACCUAAAGCUCCACAACGCUCCGGCAGAGGAUGGUGGCGAACCCUGCUGUACUCUUUCACCACAACUUUCUCUCACUCUUAACUUCCUGUUUCUGUUGUGCCUGUAAUUCAAAGGGCCAGCCUUGUCACGCUGGAUAUCCCCCAAGAACUACGUUAAGGGUACACGUGUCUGUGGAGUGCACGUUAAUUUCACGAGCAGGCUGUUCCAAUGAUUUGAUCAACUGGAACCCUCGUCGUCGUAAGCGACGGAGUGCCAACAACAUUUGACACUGUAAUUAUUUGUUAGCAGCCUUUAUUUUUUUGCUUUAGCUUUUUUAGGAGGUAUUUUUCUUGUCAACUUCGGUUUAAACUUUUACUUUCCAUAAUUUUUUUACAAUUAAUCAAUUCACUCGUUAUAUGACACGUUACAUAAUUUCUAACAGUUAUAUUCAUUAAAAAUUUUGCCGAUUAUUUUCAAUGGUAAAUUAUUCAAAAUCUUAAAAUAAACAUUUGUAAUUAUUCAAGACCUUUAAUAAAACUUAAUCAGUGUAA